UUAUUUUUCCCACAAAAUUGACGCCCAAUAAAACCAUCGGAAACCAAAAGGGAAACACGGACAAAAACGAGAUAAACAACUGGGAACCGAUGUAAUCGGUAAUUUUCGAAAAAAGAACACAAAACAAUCUCCCGAAGAUGGCAGUGGAAGUCGACGAGAAGGACCUGAAAGCCGCCGGCGCCGAGCUAUUGAGCGACAGUGAUCGCCGUGGACUACGUAUCCACGGCUGGGAGAUCUUUUCACUCAAGGGCUCCAUCCUCAACUCCUCCACUCGUCUACAAUGGGAGGAAAAGCUUCAGACAUCUCACUUACCGGAGAUGGUAUUUGGGGACAGCUCUUUAGUUCUUAAGCAUGAGAGUAGUGGCACUAAAAUCUAUUUCAACGCAUUUGAUGCCCUUGCUGGCUGGAAGCAAGAAGCUUUGCCACCGGUUGAAGUUCCUGCAGCAGCAAAAUGGAAAUUCAGAAGCAAACCAUCCCAGCAGGUGAUACUAGAUUAUGACUAUACAUUCACGACACCAUAUUGUGGGAGUGAAACAAUUGAGGCAGGCUCAAAUAAGAAUGGAAGUGGGAAUAUCUCAGAGACAAGCUCAAGCAUCUGUUGGGAGGACUGUGAUGAGCAAAUUGAUGUGGUUUCCUUGGCAUCAAAAGAGCCUAUUCUCUUCUAUGAUGAGGUAGUCUUGUACGAAGAUGAGCUUGCUGAUAAUGGAGUGUCGCUUUUAACUGUGAAAGUGAGAGUCAUGCCUAGUUGUUGGUUUCUUCUUCUGCGAUUCUGGCUUAGAGUUGACGGAGUCUUGAUGAGGUUAAGGGACACUCGCAUGCAUUGCGCUUUUGGAGAUGGCACUAACCCCGUCAUUCUUCGUGAAAGCUGCUGGAGAGAAGCCACUUUUCAGUCUAUCUCUGCUAAAGGGUAUCCUUCCGAUCUUGCAGAAUAUAGUGAUCCAAGCAUCAUCAGCGAGAGGCUUCCUGUUAUCACGCAUAAGACACUAAAGCUUGUUUUCCAUGGUAAUUUGUAAUGCUGUUGGUUGCCUUCCUGCAAAAAGAUUGUGUAUUGUUCACAAGUUGUGGUUAAAGAGAACUCAUAUACUUUCAGGUGGAUUAUAUUACAAAUGCUCUUCUUCUUCUUCUUC